AUGCCGAAAUUUGCGGCUAAGGACAUAGACUAUUCGACUGAAAACGAGAUGAAUAUGCUCUACAGAAAGGAAUUUCUUCCACAGCCACCACCGUUGGUAUUUGUGCUAGUCGCGGCGUCUAUGUUCCUGUACCAAUUUCUUGAUAACUUGGAUGGUCAUCAAGCCCGGCGAACGGGGACUUCGUCACCCCUCGGUCUCCUUUUAGACCAUGGCUGUGAUGCGUUCAACUGCAUUAUCUCAAGUCUCAGCAUUGCAGCGUCAAUAUCAGCUGGUCCUUGUUGGAAAACGUGGAUCAUUGUCCUUAACACAGUUACAGGUUUCUUUAUGAACACCUGGGAGGAGUAUUACCGCGGCAUCCUGGUGUUGCCUGUCAUCAACGGUCCUAAUGAGGGCAUUUUAGCGACUAUUGGUAUAUGCCUAUGGACUGCAUGGGUUGGUGGGCCACGGUGGUGGUAUGAUAACACUAUCGAAGUACCCUUGAAAUGGUUACCGGAAGUUCUGCAACAGCCUCCACCCGAUGCUGCUACGGCUGUCGAACGUGAAAUCCUUCGCUUGGUGUGCCCCUUUUUGAUUUACUUCAGUCGUUCUCACGAAGGCAGUACAGACUUUUCUCUUUUACCUUUCAUUUUCCACCUCAAUUGCUCUGCAUCGUAUAUCGAGAACCCGCCAAGACCGACGCUGGUAGUAUUUGAUAAAAAUUCGCAGAUUGCACACCACGAGCAGCUUGUGACGUUGAAGUACUGGAAUGGGCACAGCAUGCUGCAGAGAAUGGUUCUUCGGCUCUAUGACACGGGACAGCAGAAACUGGAGGUAAGGUAUAACACUUUGAUGGUGUGUUUCAUGACCUUCGCUGUCAUCUGGACGUGCGCAGGGAACAUCUACCAGGUUUACAAAGUCAUUAGGCGCCGCAAGUACCCAAACCAACAAAAUGGCGGAAAAGAUGCUGAUAGCGUAGUUGAACGGACUCCGGAAUCCUGGUUUAGGCGCAGAUUUCCCUUUCUUCAUUCCCUCGUGCAGCUCUCCCCACUAGUAGUGUUGGUGUUCAUGGCUAACGUUUUUUUCUUUGCUUCACAGGAAAAUAUAUUUCGACGACAUCCGAGAAUUUUUUGCUGGACGGUGGGUUUACUUUUCACGAAACUCACGAUUCAUCUUAUGCUGGCCCACCUGUGCGGUAUUGAGUUUCAACCUUUCCGCCGAACGUUUCUCCCUGUUUUUCUGUUCAGUGUUCACACCACCCUGACGUACCUUCACAGUGCAACCAAGUUGACACAGUGGCGGCUGCUCAACGCCUCGGCUGAGUCCCUUUUAAGUAUUAAGAACGACCAUGCUGACGCUUCGCACCAAUUGAUGGGAGGACACCCCAGACUUGCGUCUGCUUUGGAUGAAGAUCUUAUACUACACGAAUUUUUCGCGUUGUCGGUAGUAACGUUUGCUCAUCUUGCUUGGCAUGGCGUGCGAGAGAUGGCGUCAGCGUUAGAUGUCCAGAUAUUUCAGGUGCCGUUAGAAAAGCAGAUGAUGCUACGCCAACAAGUUACAAACGGUAAAGCACGUGCUAUUUCCCGAAAGAAAAUAAAUUAA